AUGCAAUUUAUAACACAACAACAAUCACAGCAAAAACCAUUACAAACAAUAACAUCACCUAAUAUAAAUAAUAAUAAUAAUAAUAAUAAUAAUAAUAGUAAUAGCGCUAAUGGUAAUAGUAAUAAUGAUAAUAAUAACUCAGCUUUACAACAACAAUUACAACUCCAACAAGACCAAUUAUUUCAAAUUCAAAUAAAAAGAAAAGAGGAAUAUAAUGAAGCACUUAAUGCAUGUUUCUCAUUAAUUGAAACAUCUCACCAAGAUUACAGGCAUGAAUCAAUUUUCGAUUAA